AUGUGCUUCGCGAGUAUGACCAAGGGCGUUUUCGCGCUGGCGAUUCAGUCAUUCGUCACAGCGGAUUCGAUGGGAGUCUUCCCGGAGCUGAAACAUUUUAUGGGAAAACAUAACCCGGGAACACUGGAAAUUGUGAACAAGGGAAUUGUUGAGGUGCCGCCAAAGGCUUGGAGGUGGAUUAAUGAGAUGCAGCAGAUAGGAGCCAUGAUGAAAGAUGAAGGGGGAUUCUCGAGGGAGUUACGAGGAUUCAAGGGGAUUAACCCGGUACUAACACAUGGCUGUCUUAUCAUAGUGAUUGCAGAGGACACGGUGCUGGGUUCGGAGCAGAUAGGACACAGAAAGCGAGGAACAACUGUUGAGGACGUAGUGGCUGCAGUGAGAGAGGGGAUGGCGACGAAGGAGAAAGUGGAGUGA